CAGCAACAAUGACCUACAGUUUAUAAAGUGCAUUUAAUGCAGAAACAUUAAGUGCUUCAGGGAAGAAACUGAUGAAAUGAACUGUUAGAAAUGAUCAAAAGCAAAGUCAAAAAAGGUGUUUACAGGAGACUUUUUAAACCAAGGAGAGAAGCAACAAGACAGCUGGUUAAGUUGAGGCUAGACCAAAGAAUACAAACACACUUUUGAAGAACAUUUCAACGACUUGAUGGUUCACAACUGGGAGAUUUUCCUGUCUCUGUUUGGAAAUCAGUUAGUCAUUCAAGUGAAGUGGUUUAAUGACAACACUUGCACUUCAGUUGAAAAUCAGGGUCCAGUGGGUGCUUCGUACAUUCCUACAGAAGAAGAAAGGAGAGUUUUCAGGGAAUGCAAUCAGGAAAGCUUCUAUUAUAGAUCACUUCCUUUUUCUGGGAUGAGCAUGCUGGUAACUCAAGUCCUAAUCUCUAGAGGAAUCCUUUCUACUUCAACUCGAUUUGGAUCCAUACCUAAAGUUGUAUUUGCUGGUGUUUGUGGCUACCUGGUAGGAAAGAUUUCCUAUAUGAAGACAUGCCAGGAGAAGUUCAUGAGACUGGAGAAUUCGCCACUUGGAGAUGCUCUACGGCAAGGACGUAGAACGUUCCUGCAUCAGCAUUCAUAUCAGAAGUCCGAAUUUUCUGACAGCACUGCAGAACAUUUACAACCUGAAGUAAAUAGCCCUACCACCUACUCUGAUGACCACAACUACAGUGACCACUCUGAACCCAAUUAUGAGUCAGUUCCAUUCAGUUCUACGCUCAGUGAGUCAGCUCCUACAGGGAUUGAUGACACUCCAGGAGCACCUGGUCCAGAGAUAGAAGAGUCAAAGCCUCAAAGGAAAUCAAUGACAUACGACGAAUUGAGAAACAAAAAUAGGGAGCUAUACGAAGUGACAGUGGCACAAAAAGCAGAGUCUCUUCACAAACCAACUCCACAGAGAUUACCUAACAACAAAGGAGCGAAAAUAAACAAGUAUGGAGACACCUGGGAAGAAUAAGGAAAACUCUGCAGACAAGAUUCAAGUGAAGUCAGAAUAUUGGAAAUAUUCAUAAUCAACGCACUCUACAGAAAUGUUUAACCUGAAAACUUGAAGUGUAUUUUUAAGAAGUUUGAAGCUAACCUGAUUAGACCAUAAAGAUCUUAGGAUGACCUGCCUUUUUAAUGUAAUCUAUUUGACCCAUUUACAGUAUCAUCUGUCAAAGACUUGUCUGUUCCAUUUUUUCUCAUAAAAAUUAUGGAUUUUUUAAAAACACCGCAGAAGUUUCCUUGCCAAUACUUGUGUUCAUUUCUAAAAGUAACAAUUUUCAACAAGAAAGGCAUGCAGAGUAAAAUAUUCCUUUAGUUCAAGGGUGUGAUGGACAGCCUCAGCAUGGAUGAUUGUAUAUUAACUCUGAGAUGUGUUGUUGCUGUUAAUCAAAUGAAACCAAAGUCUAAUGGACUGUAUUUCAGUAAUACAAUCUAUGUGUGUUCCAUCUGUAACCAUGAAGCUAUUAAUUCAAGUAUAAGUUUGAAAAUUAUGAACUUAAUUAAAUGUACAGUGCUUUGU